CUUGCAUCUUUUCACCAUUAUCUUGUGACUAGUUUGAAUGUGGAAAACAAUAAAUCAGAAGAGAUGUUUGUUGAAAAACUCAACACAUCAGUGAAAAUCGGAGAUCUCAAACCUUUCCAUCAUUAUCUGAUAUAUUUAUUCAGUGUAGGGGAAAGAGGAACUUUAGGAUGCUCUGAGAGACCUAUUUCAGCCGUUACAGGUAUUAAUCCUCCUCAGAAAGUUCAUGCUAACCCUGAAGAUGUAGGAGAGGACAGUAUAAUUCUUCAGUGGGAAUCCCCACAAGAUGGCCACGAGGUCUAUAUUCAAAUCAGACCUGUAUCGGAUACAAGAGAAGUCAUGAAGCUUUUUCUAAAGGAUGCUAAUAGAUUCAAGUUUGAUAAUUUAACCCCUGGAAUGACAUAUGACAUUGGAAUGGCAACAGUGAUAAAUGGGAACUUGAGUGAGCUGGUAACUAUUCAACAAACUCUAAAGCCCAAGCCAGUCCAGAUUGUCAUCCCAUAUGAAAGUCAUAGCACCUCUGUAAUCUUAUUUGUUCAAAUGCCUGAUAUUGGAGUGUUUGAUGGCAUACAUAUUGCAAUCGAAGGAGGGCCAAAUGUAACUAAGCCCUUGAAACAUGACAAUAAAAUAACUGUUGGCAAUUUAACCCCAGGCACGGAGUAUAAUUUCUUUGUUUCCAUCACCAGUGGGACUAAAUUAAGUAAUACGUAUUACGUGCCUGCAGUAAAAACAUGUAAGUGUUUGGGACUUACAUAAAUUUUUUCUUGAUUUUGAUUUUGUGUACAAUUUUGUAUUAGUAGGCUACAUUCACUUCAAUGCAGUUGUCUUCAGAGAUCUUUUAAAAUAAUCAAAUACCUUACUGCUAAGCCUGGUCUUUCACUGCCCAAGUAUAGAGAAAGAGCUAACUUUAUGUAAAACUGAGAAGUCAUGAAAUUUUUAAAUCUAUCCAUUAGCAAAAAAUGUACUUGCAUAUUAAUCAGAACUUACAAUGAUUUAUUUGAAGAGUAAGGAAUGUGAAUAAUUUUGGGCAAAUUAUGAGAAUUAGGUUAUAUUG